GUCAAAGCGAAUCCCUUUAUCCAAGGAACCAACACUCAUGCCCCUUAUCAUUUAUCAAUGUGUGUGGAAUGGAGAGAGAGAGAGAGAGAGUAUGGGUAAAUUAGAUGGAAGAAAAAAUCAGAAAGAAAAAUAAUCAAUAAGGGUACUUGAUCACUUAUACACGCAAACGCAAUGUAAAGAAACGUGGGAACCAUCCCCGUAAUUCAAUCCGUUAUUAACGACUUCAUUUUCACGUAAACGUUUUCCUAUAGAGAUUCCUUUGGGACCUUUACCUUAUGGCUUCAUCUUCCUCGUCAGAAUUUCGUCUUCUCUCAAGUAUCAAGUCUUAUUACUUAGUACCGCCAUUCUGCCACCACUGCCUCCGUUGCCACUUCUUCUCUACUGAGUGGAAGAAGCAGCAUUGAUCGAGAUCGAUGAUGGGCAUGGUUAGUUCACCGGAGUCGUCCACAGAAAGCCCUGACGGGCCGAGUCAGAUCUUCCCCAGCAUCUACUCCUACGAUGGGAAAGUCAUGUUAGCGGCCAUUGUAUCCUUACUCGUCGUAGUUUUCUUUGUCUUGCUGCUUCAUGCGUACACCAGAUGGUUACUGGGACAAGCCCACCAAAGGAGGGGACGCUCUAUAUCUAUAUCACAGGUAUUCGGCCCCGCCCGAUUACAUCAUGUUCGUGCAUUUGCUUACGAUGAUACCCACACCGGUUGCUCGGCCGACGGUCUCGACUCUUCAGUCAUAGCUUCCCUUCCUAUUUUCAUCUAUAAAUCUGAUCAUGAUGAGAACAAGAACGAGUUGGAAUGCAUAGUUUGCUUGAGCGUGUUUGAGGAUGAUGAGACGGGAAGGAGCCUACCCAAGUGCCAACAUGCCUUCCAUGUAGAAUGUAUAGACAUGUGGCUGCAAUCGCACUCGAGCUGUCCCAUUUGUAGAGCUCCCGUGGGACCCGACAAGUUGAUCGGAGUUACUCCAUUAUCAUCUGCAAGUGCAAUGUUACCCAGUGAAGAGGGCGGAGAACCCGUCGACACAACUUCCGGUGUUUCGGCCGCUUUUGAGGGGACUUCUCCUUCGGAUGCUUCAAUUGAGAUACAGGUAGACACAACUUCAGCCCCCAAAAUUUCCUCAUCGUCGCCACCGCAACCAUCAUCUCCGUCGUCGCUGGCUUCGUCGUCGUCUUUGGGUUGUUCGUUGAAGAGAAUGUUGAGUAGGAAUAGAUCAGAGCGCAAGGUGUUUCCUUCGUCUAAUGCAAAUGAGCUGAACGUUUGAUUGCAAAAUUUUCCUUGUUGAGGUUCCGAAAGUCUUCCUCUUAAUUAGAACUACUGAAGUAGAUGCAUAUAAUAUUAUAUUAUAUAUGUUAUUUGUACUUUGUACAUUUUCACUUCAUGCUUACGAUCGAUCCAUCUCUGUGCAUUUCAUGACUGAUGUUUCCCUUGCUCUGGUCCUCCGUCCUCGACUCGAUCUCCAAGCCUCCAACUCCAAGUCCGACUGAUGUAACGCGCGCGAGCACUAUUCUUUUUCUAGGGACGGGUUCGUUUGGUCGAAUCUGAUUCACCCGGUUCUCUAAAUAAAAACAACUUUGACUUUGCUAAGCCGCGCGGUCUUUACUUGAUAAUCCCAACAUUCAUCUUUCUGACUGAGUUACUGGGACCAGUGAACACAGCCGGAGUAGCUGAACUGAAUGAAUGGUUUAUUAUUAAUUUGUCCUUUUGGUAAAAAAGUGUUUUAAGGAAGUUGAGAUUUGAGAACUCUUCAUUCAAUUGUGGAAACCGAUCGAAAUUGGGUUCAGGCGUUCAGCUUCAGUAGU